UCUCUGUGACCUAAUGAAGGGGUCUUCACUGGGGAUUGCUUGCUGACUCGGUACUCGUAUUCUUCCUGGCCCGCGCGUAGACCAUGGAUCCAAACCAAUGGCCGCCAUACGUGCAAGGCGCUCCUCCUCUUUACCAGCCUUCCAUGCGUCUCGCCACGCCCUCCACCCAUGCUUGGCCGCCACCAUCCGCGGAUCCCUCAUCGGCGGCGGCCCUUCUUCCCCAGCCAAACUACGCAUCGUAUUCCGCUCACACCGCCCUCCCCGCGUCCUCCCGUUGUCAUGUCUGCGCGCAGCUGCACGCGCCGUUUUGUUCCGCCGAGCCCGCCUUCGCUCCCCUGCUGCCAGCUACGCCCGCGACUAACCCCUGGGAUGCGACUACUACUGUCGCUGGCGCGUGGCCGGGCGCAGCAGAAGCUGCGUGGCAGCAGCAGCAGCAUCAGCAUCAGCAGCAGCAGCAGCAGCAGCAGCAGCAGCAGGCACAGGCGCAGGCGCAGGCGGCGCAACAGUAUUGGGCGUCGGGCGAUGGCGUGCCGGGGUUUGAGGGCUCAGGCAGCAGUGCGCCCGACCCUAGCCACUGGCAUGCACCCAACUACCAUCUUCCUCCUCCCCCCUUUCCCUCUCAUUCCCCCCCUCCCUCUCAUCCUCCCCUCCCCCCGUCACAUCCCCCCCCUCCCUCUCAUCCUCCCCUCCCCCCGUCACAUCCCCCCCCUCCCUCUCAUCCUCCCCUCCCCCCUCAUCCUCUCCCUCCCUCCAACCCGCCGCCGCCCUCGCAUCCUCCCCCGCCGCUUCCGCCGCCGGCUCCGCUGUACGAGCAAGCGCAACAGGCGUCCGCGGAUGGGUAUGCGGCGGAGGUUCAAGGGGGAGCGCCCGCGAUGGGUGCGGCGGGCGACGCGGCGCACCAAGCGACGUGGAACUGGCAGCCGGCGCCGCCGUUGCCGCCGCAGAUGCAGCGGCAGGAGGCGCAGGGGUUGGCGCACGCGGUAGAGUCACACUACUUUCAAGAACAGCACGCCAGCCGGUAUGCGCCUUACCCUGAGGCGCGCGCGGAAGCUCUUCCCCCGCAGCAGGAGCGGCAGCCCGGAUACCCGGGGGAAGCACAAGGGGCCGGGGAGAGGCGGGAGCGCGACUGGGGUUGGGAGGAAUCGCAGUGGCAGCAGCAGCAGCAGCAGCAGCAGCGGCGGAGGGAUGAGAAGGAGUCGUGGGAUAGGGGCAACGGGAACGGGCGAGAGUAUAGGGGAUACAGGGACGGACGGGGGCGAGGCGGAGAGAGAGAGCGCGCGCGGUUGUCCCCCCCAUCGCGAGGGCACGCGGGCAGCAGGGCGCGGGGCGCCGCCGCGCCUGCAGCAGCGCCAGCGUUGUCGCCCGUGGUGGACGCGUCCAGUAUCUUCAGGGAACCGGGGCGGCUGAGACGGCCGGCAAGAUUUGUCAUUAUCCUCCGUGGUCUGCCAGGCAGCGGCAAGAGCCACUUGGCGCGCGCGCUGCGCGACGUGGAGGUGACGAAUGGGGGGGCAGCGCCGCGCGUGUUUGCGAUAGAUGACUACUUCACGCUGCACGAGGAGGAGGAGGAGGAGGAGGAGGUGGGGGAACGCGCCCCCUCAUGUAUCCGUGCAUGCGUCCUACCCCGUGUCCUUUCCAACCCCUUCGUUCCCCGUCCCUCCCAACCUCCCCUCGUCUCACCCACGUGCCACCGCGUGACACAGGAGCGGGCAGCAGCGGCGCGCAGGCGGAGGGGCGGGGGCAAGGGCGGUGCUGGGAAGGGCGGAGGGGAGGCGGGCAAGGCAGGGGGGGAGCCACAGUACAAGUAUGAUGCGACGAAGGAGGAGGUGUACCGCGCCAGCAUGCUGAGGGCGUACCGCAAGGCGCUGGACGAGGGGCGCUUCUCCUUCAUCAUCGGUGCACCCCUCGCCCUCCCUCCCGCCCCACCAUGCCUGCUCUGCUCUGCCUUCCUCUCCCUGCCUCCUUUCGCCCCCUUACCCACCACUUGCACUCGCCCCUCUCCCUUGCAUCCGCCUCUUCUCCCUCUGUCCGUGCCACUCCCCCUCUCUUCAUUACAUGCUGUCUCAAUGUCUCAUUCUUUCCCCAACCGCCCUCCUCCCUUCCCUUAUCCACCACCGCAUUCCCCUGCUCUUCCCAGUAGAGAGCCCUCAUCUGCUUCUUGUGCAUGUCUCUCGCCCCUCUGCCCCAUUGCGCCUGAUAGUCUCCCCUGAAUGUGUGCCGUGUGCAAGGGUUGCCAUUUGGGAAAGCAUUUCACAAUUCCAGUGCUGUUUGCCCUCCAUCCGCCGUGCUCUCAGCAUGCUGGUCACUUGGACGUGUUAGUGCGUCGCACAGCUUGUGCGUCAGAUACACUCAUGAACAACAAGCACGCCGCGGCGAACGAGUAUGGUGCAUGUGAUGCAGAUGGGCCACCGCACUCAUAACACCACAUUCUACCAUGUAACACCAUAUGCACAUUCACAUGGCAUGGCAUCGCAUCGCAUCAUGCCGUCGUCUCGCUAUCCAGUGGAGGACCGCAACGUCCGUGUUUCGCAGUUCGAGCCAUUUUGGAAAGCCGGCAAGGUAGCCAUUUCCUCCCCCCAUGCCAUGCCAUGCCAUGCCGUCUCACGCUCCCAUGCCAUGCCAUGCCAUGCCAUGUCA